AAGAAGUAAAUAACGCCUUUGAAUUUAAUGGACCGGUGAAAACAGCCUGGAUUACAUCUCGCAGCAUUUGGUGCCAUCUUUCAGUCCUCGGACGCGUCCUGUUGAAUAUUACAUUUGGGGUUUAGCCAAAGUGUUCCAGAUGUUAAUCCACACCUAUUCGGCUAUGGACCGCGCAGACGGACUAAGCGGCUCCUCGCAGAGCGGCCGCCUCUCGCAGCUCUCCUCCCUGAACCAGGCCGCCUACUCCUCGGCUCCCCCGCUCUGCCACACUCCGGCCUCUGACUUCCAGCCUCCGUACUUCCCUCCCCCUUACCCCCAGUCCUCCCUGCCAUACUCCCAGAACCAGGACUCAUAUUCCCACCUGUCAGACCCUUACACUUCCAUCAACUCCAUCCAUCAGCAUCAGCAAGUGGCAUGGCACUCGCAAAGGUCGCGCUCCGACGACGGGGGACUCCUUUCACAGUCUCAACGGGCUCUGAGCCUCGACCCCCGGCGGGAGUAUGCAGCUGUCCCGCGGCUGCUGCACGGACUCGGAGAAGGCGCCGCCGCUCUCGGGGACGGUCCUCUCGGGAUGCACAUGGGGCACCACGGCCUGGACGAUCUGCAGGGAAUGGAGGAAGGAUCAGCCCUGGGCAUCCUCGACCACUCUGUCAUUAAAAAAGUCCCCAUCCCGUCCAAGCUCAACGGCUCGUCCCUGUCCAUCCUGUGCCUCGGUAAGGACGGCCUGGGCAUGGGCACCGUGUCCAACCCGGCCGAGGUGUUCUGUUCGGUGCCGGGUCGCCUCUCGCUGCUCAGCUCCACCUCCAAGUACAAGGUGACGGUGGGGGAGGUGCAGCGGCGCCUGUCCCCGCCCGAGUGCCUCAACGCCUCGCUGCUGGGCGGAGUCCUCCGCAGGGCGAAGUCAAAGAAUGGUGGCCGCUGUCUGAGAGAGCGUCUGGAGAAGAUUGGCCUCAACCUGCCCGCCGGGCGACGCAAGGCAGCCAACGUCACUCUGCUAACAUCUCUAGUGGAGGGUGAGGCCGUCCACCUGGCGCGGGACUUCGGCUACGUGUGUGAGACGGAGUUUCCCGCCAGAGCCACGGCUGAGUACCUGUGCCGGCAGAGCGAGCCGGACCAGCUCCCGACGCGGCGCAGCAUGCUGCUGGCCACCAAGGAGGUCUGCAAGGAGUUCGUGGACAUGAUGUCCCAGGACCGCUCCCCGCUGGGCGGCAGUCGGCCCACCCCCUGCCUGGAGCCCGGCGUCCAGGGGAGCCUCACCCACUUCAGCAUGCUCACCCACGGCUUCGGCAUGCCCGCCAUCUGCGCCGCGCUCUCCGCCUUCCAGAGCUACCUGAUGGAGGCCGUCAAAAUGCUGGACAAGGGAGAGGGCGGGGGGAAGAGCCACCACGACAAGGAGAUGAAGCACCGCAAAUAGAAGAGGGGGGAAGAGGGUACGGACAGUCGGAUGAGAGGCGAAGAAGGAAAAAGGAGGAGUGACUUUCACCUUCGCCCUCAGGACAAAAACGUAGACUUUUUUACCUCCCGGAUACCUCUGAGGCCGCUCCCAUCGAGGAGGAGGGAGGGGGCGUGAUGAUAUCUGUCCUGUAAUGUGUGUCCGCAGCCGCCUCCCUGAACAUGGACCUCUCUCCUCAGUAGCUGGUCUGUGUCACGAUGACUUCCCACACGUGGCUGUAUUUAUUUAUUUAUCCCCUCCCCCUCUUUUGUUUUCUUUAUUAUUUUUGGUAAACAUGUCAAACUGUGUUUUAGAAACCCCUGCCACACACACACACACACUCAUCUGGGAAGUGUCGUGAAGCCAUAUCGGAGACGACGUCCUGCUCAUUGCUCCUCUCGAACUUUGGGAGAAUUUUAACUCCGCCUGAUUGGACGCGCGCAGCCUCCAUGUGUAGUUCUUCCCAGUGGGUGCUCAUGGGAAAUUGAGUUCUCGAAACAGGGGGGGGGGGGUAAGGAGGAGACAAAGGCAGCUAAAGGAGAAUUUAGUUUUCUUUUAUUUUGAAGUACUGCGUGUUGGUAACUUAAGGAAAUAACACAACUCAUUUUAUACUUUCUGUGUAUGUUUAUUAUUAAUGUUAUUACUGUUGUUAUUAUUAUUGUAUUCCGGCAUAAAUGUAAUAUAUUAUUAAAGAAUUAACUGAU